UGAAACGGCCGCUUUCCCCGCCCAUCAGCACCGCUCGCUCAUUCACUCGCCUCGGAUUCCUCUCUUGCAUCCUGGUUGCUCGCUUCCCUCAUCCUGGGAGGGGAGUACUCGCGCGCACACACCCCACCCUCAAACAACAGACAGUACCACUAUCCCCUCCCCAAUCCUGGAGAGGCUUGUUUUGCAUUCGGCUGCUGUUGCCCGGACCGUGUUUGCAGAACGCUAACCAGGACUGACUGACUGAGUGUGUGUGAGUGUGAGUGAGACUGGGUGCAGACUGCAGCGUCUACUUUGUGUUUCAGCUCCUUAAACCACAUCUUUCAAAGUCUGUCUUCAGUGUUGGGGGGGCGGGGGUGUUUAUUUUGUCAGAGUGAGACGCAGGGGGUGGCUGGCCAGAGAGAGGAAACAGCAAAGGAUGGUAUGACUUACUGGCUGCCGUCUUGGGAAUCUCCAGCUACCCUUGUUCUCUCCCCCCCCCCCCCCACCCCCAGUAACUGAAUAUAUAUAUAUUUAAACAUAUCGAUCUCUCUCGCACAUAUUACCCGCAGCAUCAACAACGCACCUGGGGCUUUUUGCACCGACUUCUUGCUCGUUUCUGCUGCUAGUUGCAUACAGAUUGCGGACUUAACCUCGUUUUACAGAACAAGCACAGAACUUUGCGCCGAUUCCCACUAUCUCCGCUGCUAGCCAGCUCGGAGUAUUCCGUGAUUGACUUUUGAGUUCGCCGAUCACAUUUUGCGUUCACAUGCUUCUGUAAUUUCCCCAAGUCUUCGCGGUGCCUGCACGACACGGUUUGCCGGCAUUUCCUCCUCAUUUCUCGCUCUGAUUUUGGACUUUGCCUCUCCGAUUCCGGAUCUCACCCCCGCCCCCCCCCCCCCCAAACCACGGAGAGCAGUGAGUGAGAAGCAGGGUCAUCUGAAGCUGCAAGUUUGGAGAAAGAACGAGGCAGCCGAGUUGCUCUCCUCCUGCCUGCAGCGAUGAUCAACGUGGAGAUGGUUGUCGUCUUCGUCGUCCUCUGGGUGUGUGUUUGGUCGCAGGAGCCCAGCAAAGUGGUGGCUGACCGGUACGCCGUCUACUGGAACAGCAGCAACCCGAGGUUUCUGAAAGGUGAUUUUCACAUUGAAGUAUGCAUCAAUGAUUACCUAGAUGUAUUCUGCCCUCAUUAUGCUGGCUCUGUACCCGAAGACAAGACUGAGCGAUAUGUUCUCUACAUGGUGAAUUAUGAUGGCUACAUUUCGUGCGAUCACACCUCCAAAGGGUUCAAGAGAUGGGAAUGUAACAGGCCUUACGCAUCUAAUGGUCCUUUAAAAUUCUCUGAAAAGUUUCAGCUGUUUACUCCAUUUUCAUUAGGAUUUGAAUUCAGGCCUGGCCGAGAAUAUUACUACAUCUCUUCAGCUAUCCCAGAUAAUGGAAAGAAGACCUGUUUAAAAUUGAAAGUUCUCGUGCGACAAGCAAACAGCUGUUCGAAAACUGUAGGUGUACAUGAAAGUGUUUUCGGUGCUAACGACAGAGUAGACAGUUCAUUAGAACCAGCAGAUGACACCAUACAUGAAGCUGAACCAUCGCGUGGUGAGAACAAUGCUCAAGUACCCAGGAUAUCCCUGCUACUUUUGGCGACUGUACUGAUCCUUAUCAUGGCACUUUCAACAUUGUAGUGCUCAAAAAUCCAAGGAACCUCUGACACAGCAUGGCUGAAUCAGGAAACAACACAGAUUCUGUAACUGCACUGUUGAGGAGGGGGAGCAUUCAGUUUAUUCCAGACACGAGAUUUAUUUUCUGUGAGGAGAGUAGAGAUUGAUUGGAGAGGGAAGAUGAAUCCAAACUGAUAACCCCCAAAAAUGCCAAAUUAUAUUUUGAGACUAAUGAUUCUUAUUUUCCUGUACAUUUUGUCUUUAAAAAUACCCCUAGGUGGUUUUAGCUCUUGUCAUCCAAGUAUGGAUGAGUAACAGUAGUGGCAGAUGCAGUCACUGAAAAAUAAGAAUAUUGAGCAGAAGCCCAAGAGGGUUUAUUCCUCCAUGCAAUAUUUAUACCUUCUCACUCAAUACUGUAAGAUGAUCAUGCAGAGCAUUGAGUCACCGCAUCAGGACUCGAGGGGUGAUAUUCUGAAUAGAUAUAACCCCAUCCCUCUCAGGAGUUAUAAUUCAACAUGUGUCUGAAGAGACACUGCUCAUGCAGUUGCUAACAUUGUCUGUAAUAGUUUGUAUUUUUGACACAUUUCCUGUUUCAUGAGCCCUUGUUUGGGUUCAGUAUUUUUGUAGGAGAUGUGUGUAGAAAGGAUAACCUUUGAAGAAAUUGGGAAGCAAUACAGAACCGGAGGGUGGUGCAGUUAGCAAUAGGCCACUACCAUUCCACAGAACUACUUGAGAAAUACAAAUAUAAAAGGAUAAAAUAAUAGGUUAGAAAUGCUGAUGUCAUUUGUAAUAAGGAUAAUUUUCAUGUGAAUAAGGAUGAAUAUUGGGCAUAACUGAUAAUUUUGCAGUUUAUUUUAACACUAUAUUCUAUAAUUGAAAAACUAACGAACCGAGAAUGUAAAAAUACUGCAUUUUCUCCUGAUAAACUGGAUUACAAUCCAACUGUAUUAAUAAUGUAACCAUUGAAUUAUUUUGUUCUGAGCAGCUGUAGACUACAGUUCAGUAUUGGAUGUUAUUAAUUUCUGGCAGUUUAAUCUGUUCCAGUGUCUAUUGCCAAUACAUUUUAGUCAAGAAUGCAUUCUAUAUUAAAUAAUUACUAUUACACCACUGGAGAAUUAUAACAAGAACUGGAUUCCCCUACUAUAAUGGAGGACAUUUAAAACCAACCUCUUUCUUGCUUCUUUAUUUUUGGUUGCCUUUUUUAAGCAGGGAAAUAAGGAUCAAUCUGUUCAGUGGAUACUAUGUAUCCUGUAAUAGUCUAUAACAUUAGUGUUAGCUUAGUACAUUGGUUUGUACCUUCUUCGAGGGCAAAAGGAAAAAAAAACUUGUUUAAAUUCUGUAUUAUUAGCAACCUAUGUUGUAAAUAGUGUUUGAUAAAGUAUUAAUUCCAAUUCUUACAUCUUUUAUAAUUGAAUACAAUACAAUUUCUGGAUUUGACUGAGCAGGUUAAGCAAACAUCUAUGUUGGAAUGGAUGAUGAAUUGCUACAGUGCUGCGAGCUGCUUUAGUGAAUAGUGCAAAAGCUGCAAGAACAGAAACGGGUGCAGCUUGCAAAUUGCUCGUUAUGUAUGAGGAAAGUGAAGCAAAAAGACUUAACAUUCAAUGUAUUGGUCCUAAAUGUUUGAGACAAUGUAGAAUUCUGGUCACAAAACCCUUUGUGACGAGGCCUGGUGAUUCUGAAAGUUGAUCGGUUUGUGUUCCUGAUUUUCUUUCUCUCCCAGCGAUGAAGUGACUGUUUUAUGGGAAGAUCUUGCCAUUAUCAUUGUAGCAUGCGUAUGGACUGGAGUUUAAAAAAAGACGUUUGUCAGUAUAGUUUUGUAAAUUUCGUCUACUGUUCCUUUUCCCCGCUUUGUGUGGAAGCAGUUUGUGACAAGGCCCAAAAUGGGGGUGUAUUGUACCUAUCAACCACAACCACACUUCACUGACCUACCUUGCAAAGUGGACUGGAAAUGGUUCUAUAAAUUUUAGAAGCAUAGAAAUUAAUCCACUCCCCCUUUAUUCACUCCACGUAGAUCAGCUGUUCCCUGCUUUCAUCCGAGCCUUCAUUGAGCGGUGAAUGGGUAAAUCUGUUCUAUUUGGCGACUCCAAGUUUUUCCCAUGCAUUAGCCCCCAAACCACUCUGAUGCGAGACGAAUCUUCUUACAAUAGCGUUGCUGCCAUUGUCUGUACAGUUUAAUAAAUGCUGGCAUGCUGAAGGUUACUCAUGGAGUCUGCUAAAUCUAUUUUAGAUGCUUACUCUUGACAAUCUGUUAGAACCACUCAUUGUGUGUGUGUCUGGAUAGUAGAGUCCAGUUCAUUGUUGUCCUGUGCCUGUACUGCCCUACUCAAGAACCGCUUGAAAAGCAGAUUCUUUGCACUUAUUGGCGAGUGCAUUUUGACUUGCUUAUGAGGGGAAAAUAAACAAACCUGUGGCCUGCUGCCAUGUGGAAACACUCUAUACAUCUGUUUUGUACAUACACGUGUCUGAGCAACUAUACAUAAAUAAAACUGAAGGUGUUCAUUAUAAA